GGGCCGCGGCGGCUCAAGCCGGGCGGGGCUGCGGCGGGCCGGGCCAGGCUGGGCGGGCAGCAUGGAGAGCGGCGGCGCCUACGGAGCGGCCAAGGCCGGCGGCACCUUCGACCUGCUGCGCUUCCUGCAGCGGCCGCAGAGCCUGGUGCGGCUGCUGAGCGCGGUGUUCUCCCUCAUCGUGUUCUCCUGCAUCAUCGGUGAGGGGUACACCAACCCGCCUGAGACUGCACAGCUCCACUGCGUCUUCCACCAGAACGAGGACGCCUGCCGCUACGGCAUCGGCAUCGGCGUCCUCGGCUUCCUGGCCUGUGUCGCCUUCUUCACAAUCGAUAUCUACUUCCCCCAGAUCAGCAAUGCCACUGACCGUAAAUACUUGGUCAUGGCAGACUUGGGCUUUUCAGCACUCUGGACUUUCCUGUGGUUCGUUGGCUUUUGCUUCUUGACCAACCAGUGGGCUAUGACGCUGCCAAGCGAGGUGCAUGUGGGCGCUGACUCGGCCCGAGCUGCCAUUGCCUUCAGCUUCUUCUCCAUCUUCUCCUGGGGGUUCCUGAUCACCUUUGCUCUCCAGAGGUACAGAAUGGGAGUGGAGGACUUUACUAACAGCUACACUGACCCCACCCCUGACCCUUCGACCCCCUACUCAAUUUAUCCCAACGUCACUCACGACAACUACCAGCAGCCGCCCUUCACCCAGCCUGGAGAGACCUCGGAGGGCUACCAGCCCCCACCUGCGUACUGAGCCCUGUGCCGUUGACCACCACUAAAGUGGCCAGCAGGGAUAGCUGCACAAGUGCAAUUCUUCUGUGGGGCAGGGGCUGUAUCUUGACUAGGGGUGGGGGUAGGGGAUUGGUGGCUGCUUAGUGUGUGAAGGGCACCAGGGUUUUGGAGUUAUCAUGCCAAAGGAGAGGGAGGUAGCUCCCUGGUUCCUGGCAGAGCCCAGGGCCUGAAUGCAGGGAGGAGGCUGUACAUGUAACUUGCCCCCAGAGCUGCUUGCUGACUCUGCCUUCCUGAAAAUCAAGUACUCUCUGACUGGGGGCGGGGCUUCCUUCUCGUUCAUUUGGGUGACUGCUGAGCACAUGCGUGCACUGGGGACUCCUUCCUAUUCAGGAGGGGAAUUUUGUCCCUAAGCCUUCACCCUGGCCCCUCCCCAGCUGUGCCAAUGGAGUGUGGGCAGUUAGAUUCUUUCCUUCACAACAGCACGGAAUGACUAUUUCCUCUCUUGUGGUUGAGACAUCAUGGCGAGUUUUAAACACCCCCCAACCCUGCCCAUGGCUACAUCCGUGUAACUUCAGCUCUAGCCCUGGUGCCUUUACUAACCCUGCUGGCUCAGAUUCCCUAAAGUGCCACCUCACUUUUGUAUCCGGUGUCUUAAUCCCCAGCUGCCACCUUGCUCAGUGGGGUUCAGUGCCUGGGCCAGCAGUUCCUUGUGACUGCACCUGCAGCUCUGCUUCUGUGCUGGGUACGGGGGGUUCCUGGGCUGCCUUCCAUUUCUGCUGCUGGGUGAGCUUGGUGCCAAAGUGCAGGACUAAACUUUUUGUAACCUGACUUGUAUAUAAAGCUUUUGAGUUCCCCAGCUAUGUGAGGGGCUGUGCCUUGCCCCUCCCCCAGCAAUCUAAAGGGGAUUCUGUUUAGAGGAGGGGAGGGUCUGAUCUUUGGGUACCACCUGCAACGAGGAGGUUGGUCAGCUCUUUAACCGCUGCUGAAACAGCUUCCUAGAAUGACUUUGCUGUGGGGCCUGAGCAAGGAGGGGGAAGCUGAGCAGCACGGUUUUAUUUCACCACUACACCUUUCUGCUCACCCCAGGCUGGUCAGAGCACAGCCUGGUGGGGUCUGCUCAAAGCCACCUGGCAGCUAGCUCUCCAAGGGAGGGCCAGGCUUCAGCCUGCUCUUGCCCCUGAAGCAGCAAUGCAGGGAUUGGUGGGAUGGAGCUGUUCUUCCUUGUGUACACACCCUGUCUUGCUUUGGCUGGUGUGUAAAUAGUCUCAGGUUGUUGCUUCCCAAGUGCACCUGUUCUGGGAAGCGGUUUCUGAUCACCACACUGGGUAGGUGAGUUGCAGCCCCAGCUGCCACCCACAACUGAAUGUUUUAAAUGCUCAUUUAUCACAGUGGGAAGAUGGAAUAAAGUCUUUUUCACUUA